AUGGCUGGUGGCAAGAAGGGCGGCGACAUGAGCAAGAAGGCGCAGGGACAGGCACGCAAGGCGGAUGCGGCCUCGCAGAAAGCAGCUGCAGAAGACGCCCAGCGGGAGGCGACAGAGUCUGCCGAGUGGACCAAGGGGUCGAAGAGCAAUGCGAAAAAAGAGGCCGAGGCUGCAAAAAAGGCCGAACAGGCCCGCAAGAAGAGCGAGCGCGAGGCGCUGCUAGCCGAGGAGGAGCGCAGCUUGCCUGGCCGGGCAGCGCCCAAGAAUGCCAAGUCAGCCGGCAAGAAGACGAGCGCGGCAGCGGCGGUGACGGCUCCGUCGCGGAAACUAGACCUGUCGCAGCUAGACGGCGACGACAGCAGCCUGGCGGCAGUCAACGCAUCGGGCAUCGACAAUGCGCUCGACGCGCUGUCGCUCGACCACGACGCGGCAUCGGGAGCCGGGGCGAUUGACCGGCACCCGGAGCGGCGAUUCAAGGCGGCGUAUGCAGCCUUUGAAGAGCGGCGGCUGGAGGAGAUGGACAACGACGGGUCGGGCAAGGGCCUCCGGCUGAACCAGCGCAAGGAGCGGCUGCGCAAGGAGUUUGAGAAGAGUCCGGAGAACCCGUUCAACCAGGUGACCGGUCGGUUCGACUCGACGCGCGAGGAGCUGGCGCAGAUUCACGCGCAGGAGAAGGGCAAGAUUGAGCGGCGGCUGGGAGCCUGA